CGUGGCCCGAGCCUCAACAAGCGCACGUCACGGCUACCACGAAAUUUAAUGACCAAAUUUUUACCUCCAAAAUCGAUUUCACAUUAGAACUUUUCUGGACUCAAAUCUUAAUUUUAUGCAGCCAAAAAUAAUGAUUCGGUGAAUUUUAGAUUUCGUUAGGUUUGGGUACUUUAGUGUCGUAUUUUGAAUUGGCGGGUUAAUGUGUGUGAGCGAGAGGGGCGCCAUGGAGAGUCCGGGCGAGGAAGCGGGACGGAGCGCUGCCCCUGCGUCCCACACCCCCGCCUUGCAACCAAACGGGUCCAAUAAAAUCAUCGGACGCAAUGUGAAUGGAACCAUGGUUGUGACGUCAGCACCGUCUAAUGAAGCAGAGCUGCAACUGUACAGGGUGAUGCAGCGAGCCAGCCUCCUGGCGUAUUACGACACUCUACUUGAAAUGGGAGGCGAUGACGUUCAACAACUAUGCGACGCUGGCGAAGAGGAAUUCUUAGAGAUCAUGGCCCUAGUGGGAAUGGCCUCCAAGCCUCUCCACGUUAGACGCCUUCAGAAGGCCCUGCAGGAAUGGGUCAACAAUCCCGCGCUCUUCCAAAUACCGAUCGUACCUAAUUUAUGUCCAAGCGAAAACCCCUUCAUACAGUGUAACCAAAGGCUGAUUAAUAUACCACCAGCUCAUCCCAAUGUACUUCCGAGAACCGUUGCUUCACCCGAGAGCAGACCCAUGUACAGUCCCUCUCCAGGAGCUCCAGAAAACAGCUGUGGUUCCACAACCUCCCAACCUAACGCUAGUCCGACAAACACCUUUACCAAAAUAGUCCUACCCCCGUCUCCUGCCCCAACUGCUCCCAUAACCACAGCCGUAUCAAGGUCGUUUUCCCCCCAAAGCGCGUGUCCACCUGCAUCAGCGGGCUCUAGUCCAGGUUCCGUGACGUCACCAGUCCAAAUAACUCCAGUGCUAUUGGACGUUCAUGUACAAAAGCUAUCGGCGGCCGCGAAAAAGUUGAGUAAGCAUUUGCCUCAAUUGGAGCCGAAGCCGCAGAACACGAAAAAGAAGAUGUGCAAGGAUCUAGAGCUGGUCAUGUUGAUGCCCGAGUCGGAUCCUCGGAGGAUGGAAGAGAUCAGGAAGUACGCUGCGAUCUACGGGAGGUUUGACUGCAAGAGGAAACCGGAAAAGCCCCUGACGUUACACGAGGUAAUGGUGAACGAAGCUGCAGCUCAGAUGUGCCGAUGCGUCCCUGCGCUCCUCACGAGGCGAGACGAGCUGUUUCCUUUAGCGAGGCAGCUUGUCAGGAGAGCUGGACUCCAUUACUCCAAGCACGGGCUCCCCCCAACAGCUUCCACUGGAGAAGAUCGUGAUGAAGAAGAGCCCACCCCGAAGCGGCCUCGUCAGGAAAGCGAAGAGAGGGUGGGCGCCAGUCCGGACGUCACCAGGAACUGUAACCACAGUUGGUGGGGCGUUAAAGCAGAAAGUGAUGACGCUGACUCCAGGUGCUCGUACUCCAGCACCAGCACUCCUCCUCCUGAGUUGGAGGAGACGCGGCCGCACGUGGUGGCGGCGCGGGGGGACAGCAUCAUCGCCGUGGCCAACCCCGCGCUGCUCCCCGCGCACCCCGCCGCGCACCCCCUCCCGCGCCCCCACCCGGACGCCAACCACGCCAACUGACACACCACCUGCCUUAUAACUACCCACCAUUUUCAAUUAUUUGACGUUUGAAUAAACAAAUGACAUUUUAUAAUCCAACCACUUUAAAUGCUAAAUACAUUAGAUUGGGGGGAAUAGAGACUAGAGUUAGAAUAGGGACAAAUCUGGGACGUCACAAUACUUUUGUUGAGUUGUUAGAUUUGACUUUGUCAAGGAUAUUAAAUAGUUUAAUUUAGUCAUCAAAUUUUUGUAACUAAUUAAAGAUAUUAAAAAGUUAAUUACCUAAAGUUAGGUACCUACAUAGCAACUAAAUAGUGCCAGCCCUAAUGAAAAACUCGAUUGGCCCAUACGUAACCUGAUUCACCCCAAAGCCAAGGUGAAUCGGGUCAAGCUAGUUUUUUCAGUUUUUGUGUAUUCUUUGUAAUGAACUAUGUAUAAUAACGCAUCGUAUAUAAAAAUUUAAGCCUCCGGAACCAUUUUAAUCUCAAUUUUAUUGGUAUUAAUUACCCUAAGGAAAACCAUUGAAAAUUUAUGUUGGAUUUGGAAAGGGUCCCGAUUUCCCUCAAUCUACGGUAUAUUUUGGAAGCGAAUUUUUGCCGACCACAAUCUUCUUGCGAAUCUCUGUCGGUCCACCGUCCGCGGCACGUAGUGAUAGAAGACCACGUAAUUGGACAAAUAUCAAAGAAUAUUUAAUUUAAAAAAAAAUGGUAGCUGUUUGGAACAUGUUAAUUUUAUGUUAACUUCACCAUUUUCAAAGAAACAUUGAUUAGAUUAUAAUUAACUAGCUUUUGCCCGCGACUUUGACCGCGUGGAAUAGUUACUUUGGCAUAACGCUAAAUUUUACCCGCGACUUCAUUUACAGUACUCAGGAUUAAAACUUCAUUACUGAACCGGUAGAUGGCGUUGAAGAAGCUAGAUUUUGAGAUUUUUUGACAUACAAUUUUUAAUUUUUCGUAAAAAAAAAUUUUUUUUUUCUUAAUAAAAAGUAUCCUAUGUUACUUCUAAUACCUCCAAGAAUAUGUGUACAAAGUUUCAUGAUGAUCGGUUGAACAGUUUUCGCGUGAAAGCGUAACAAACAAACUUACAUUCACAUUUAUAUAUUAGUAGGGAUGAAAGAAUCUCAGUAUCUAAUGAAUACGGUUAAUAUCUAAAAGGGUUGGAUAGCUUCUCUAAUUUUUAUUAGUAGCAGAUGAAUAAAUCGAAAGUCGUACGACUCGCUGCGCCGACGAAAUGUGAAUUAGACUCACCUCACUUAACGAGGGGUGAAAGGGUAUUGGGUUUAGGCGUCAUUUUUGCAAAUUUACGGGAGAGCUAGCUGUUCAUAGUUUAAAAUUUGGAAAAACAUAUUAUAAAUAAAUAAAAACAGCUAUAUAUUUGAAUAGAGUAAACUUAAUUGAAGUUCAAUUAAAAACAUCGAACUGUUGAUUUUAACACCAAAUAAAACGUACCUUUAAUUACACUAGAGGUCCCGCAGUAGUCGAAAUUCGACUAUAAUUAAUUGGAAUUGUAAGUUUGUACACUAUUAUGAUUGUAUUUUAUACUUCUAUAAACACAAAUUUCGCCAAGACUACACUAUAAAAAAAUAUUAACAAAGACAAACAAUAUUUAAUCUCAAUUUAACAACAGACGUCAAGAACAAAAGUUUGACAAUAAAUAGUAUGCAUGCGUGUGUGCGUCAAAUACAUGGUAUGUAGUGUGUGUAAUGUUUUCUUUAUUGAUUUAAUGUACCUUUUAUGCAUUAUUUAAAAAAAAUAUUAGCAUUGUGCACUUCUUCUCUAUAUAAGUGUGGAAAAUUUCAUACUCCUCCGUCCGCGCAAUUUUCGUAAAAAGGGAUACAAAGUUUUUGCUUCACGUAUUAAUAUAUAGAAGAUAGACAAAUGUCACGUCACCACAGUGACAAUCACGUGCGUCGAACGAUGCUUCACUUCUUUGUUACUAUUUAAUCUCGCGUCGACUUGUUUUGUUUUGCGUCUACUGACAGACUAGUUCACGAAGGUGAAGCCGCCAUCAUGAGACCCGUCUCGAGACACGAGAUCGAAUUUUUUUUUUAUAGCUUAGAUGGGUGGACGAGCUCGCAGCCCACCUGGUGCUAAGUGGUUACUGGAGCCCAUAGACAUUUACGACGUAAAUGCGCCACCCACCUUGAGAUAUAAGUUCUAAGGUCUCAAGUAUAGUUACAGCUGCUGCCCACCCUUCAAACCGAAACGCAUUACUGCUUCACGGCAGAAAUAGGCAGGGCGGUGGUACCUACUGGCGCGGACUCACGUUGUAGAUGUCCAUGGGCUCCAGUAACCACUUAACAACAGGUGGGCUGUGAGCUCGUCCACCUAUUUAAGCAAUAAAAAAAAAAAUUGAUCUUUCAAUAUAACAUUUUUUUAAUACAUUUUUGCAUGCGUUUUGAAGCCACACGCUGCCUUUUAGGUAAAACUAUUCGAUUGCAUAUAACCAAUUAGAAGUUUGAAUUAUUUUAUAUGAAUUAUUUACAGUAGCACACCCGUGACUUAUGUCAUUUACCACGCCAAUUUAUUGACAAUAUUCUGCUAAUUGAGCUAUAAAAGCCAGUAAUUUUGAUAUUACGUAACAUAACUGAUAAUUACCUAUUUAAAACACCAUGAUCAAAUAUUCUAACUUGUCGGGCGCAUAUUGUGCGUAAUGUAUUAUACUAUAAGGCCCGUCCAAUAGCCGGACACAUGAGAAACACUCCGAAGUAUGCGGGAUCACUGGUGCUAAAGAUAUUUUAAUUUCGCACGGGUAGGUACCAACCGACAUACAUAUUCUGUCGUGAAUCGAUUUUGCAGAGAUUUUUAAGUAAUAGACUUUCGGCAAUGACGCUCUUUCAUUAGCUGGACUUUUAUUUGUUUAACAUAAUAUUUCCACGUUAUUUUCACUAAUUUCAAUACGUCAGAUUAAUUUGGAAAUUUGUCCAGGUAUCUACCGAUAAUGACAAUACUUUAGGGUGGUACUAUUUUGUUAAUGAAAGGUACCCUAUGCCCUUUCCUGUACGGUCGGGUUGAAUAAUGUAUUUGCAUAAUUAAACGAUGAUCACUAAAGUAGUUAGACGUGAAAGCGUGACAAAUAAACCGACUUAUGCUUUUGUAACAUUAGUAUGCAUUAGUGAAUUCUCACCAAAUUAGUCGUCGUGGGCUGCACGUGGUUAGAGUCAGAUAUGAAGGUUGUGAUGUUACAAAAAAAAAUGGAUCCCGUAGUCUCCAACAGUUUUCAUGCGGGCUUCAUCCGUGGAAAAUUUAUUCUAGAACUGAGACGAUUGCGAUGCCAUGAAGUUCACUUUUAUUAUAUUUUUUUUAUUUUCUAGUGAUUAGUUUUUCGCGCUAAAAUUAUUAGUCACAGAUUAUAAUAUCGGAUUACUUAUCUGUGUCAGUCUCAAGUUUGAUUGGAUCCAAAAUGUAACUUCCCAUGUAAUAAAUUAUUUAAAAUAAUUAAUAGUAUUGGUUAUUUGCAAACGACUGUUUUCAGAUAGAUAAUUAUUUGGUAUGACUUGAUGAUAGAAUCUAUUAAGGUACCUUAUUGAAAACAUAUCUUUAAUCUAUAGUCAUAAGAUUGUAUAUUUUAUGUAUAAAACAUAUAUGUGGAAGCCAUAUUAUAUUAUUUUAGAAGUAAUAAAUUUUGUACAUAAAUUUUGUGUUUUAAUAAAUUAAUAAAUGCAUAAA